GUCACUCCCCUCCCACUACCCAACAACCAAUCGCGGGGGGACCUCAACCUCGCACGCCCCCAAGAUAUGAGAAUACUAUGAUCCCCGCGCCAUCCUCCACUGCCUUGCCUUCACAUGCGCACAAGAACCCGCGCCCAGCCAAGCCAUCUCCGCUUCCAUGACCGGACCCAUCGUCUCCUUGCGAUGAGCAGCGGAGCAGCAUCCGCCCUCGUGGCGUCUUCUUGACCGGCUGCCCGGUGAGCUGGUGCGAGCUGUGCCUGUGCGUGCGUGCAUAGCGCCAAGAAGGGGGAGGGGGCGAGGCGAUGGCCGCUGCGAGGAGGCUCUCGGAGCUGCUGCAGGAGCAGCAGGAGCCGUUCCUCGUCGAGGCCGCCAAGGCAAGGAGGCCCCGCCGCGGCCGUGGCGGGAGCGGCGGCGGAGGAGGAGCGGGCUGCUGCCCCGCGGCCGCGUGCCGGCGGCUGCUCAGGCUCUGCAACAACGGGUUCAAGAAGAGGAGGAGCGGCGGCGCGGGUGGCGUGAGCGGGCUGAGGUCCGCGCUGAGCAAGGUGCUGUGCAGCAGGGCCAUGCAGAGGGUGCUGCACUGGGAGGAUCUCGGCGGCGGGUGCUUCUCCGGCGCAGGCAAUGGCAAUGAACGAGAGUUCCGCCGGCUGGGGCGCUCUAUCGGCGACAGCGGCGAGUGCGACCCUCGCGCCAUGGAGUUUGGUGAGGAUGAGCGGAUGAGGUGGAAGGCGGACAUGGAGAUGGACUCGUCGCGGCAGCUCAGCCCGGUCUCCGUCCUGGAGCUACACUUCGACGACGACUCUCCGGUGCAUUCCUGUUGGGAGGAUGAGAAGGCAUCAACCUCGGGGAGCUCACCUCCAUCUGAAGCUUUCCUGGGCCCGACCUCCCCAUGCUUCACCUACAACCUCCACGACAAGUUCUGCGAAAUGGAGGUGGACGAAAGUGAUGAAGAGAUGGUUAGAAACAGCAAGUCCGUAGAGGAGCAGAUCUCCUCAUGGGAGAAGAUCGCGGGUGAGAUCUCCAGGAUCCCAAAGAUGAUGGAGCUGGACCUGUCACAGCCCAUGCAUCAAUGGCGGGAGCUCAAGCCCGAGGUCAGGGAGAUCGGCACCAGGAUAGAGACCCUCAUCUUCGAGGACAUCCGGAGAGAAACCGUCUGCGACAUGCUUGCUUCACAUUGUACAUUGGCAGGAACAACACCUUGUUGAUCAGAGAACCGAGGAGGGUUUAUCAGAAAAAAACAGAGUAGAGUUUCUGUACAAUUUGAGGCUUCGAGAAAUAAGUUGAAAUGUGUCAUUCCGCUGAGUGAUUGCUAAGUUUCUGUACAAUUUGUGGUUUAGAAUUGUUUAAGCAUGUUUAUAGGUUGUAAAUAUAAUUAUGAUUGACCUAAAGUAAAAAGAAAAUAAAGUUUA